AUGAAUUCUCCAACAAUGAAGUCAGAACAGCUCACUCCAAAACUUUCACCUAUGUCCUUUUGCUUAGAUGAUCAAAGAAACGCAAACACUUUCCAAAAUAUAUUAAACUCACCCACGAAGCUUAAAUUGGACACCGGGUCGCUUGGUAACUCAUUACUGUAUCCAACCUCACUCUCCAAAUUAAGCGAGUUAUCGAGAAAUGGCCGUUCCAAACAAAGAAGGGGUUCCGACACUAUGAGGUCGGUAUCCCCUAUCAGGUUCCAAUUUUUUAACAACACUCCAAAGAUGCUAAAACCGGAGUAUUUAUCUCAAAAAAGUAGUGGUCUUCCAUUGUUAUCAGCCCUUCUGAAAAAUAGCAAACAGACCUCUAAAUCGAACUCCAAUGAGGAUCAGAGCGUAAAUCCUGAUCCGCUAAAUAUAGAACAAAAUAUUGUUAAGCAGAGUAUCAAGGAUAAACUAGAGCAGUUGCGCCGACAAGGUUCAGAGCAAGUCGCACAAAUUCAAAAGAAGGAACAACAAACAACGUUGCCCGAAAUCAAGGACUAUGUAGAAGAACCAAUUGUACAGAAUGUAUCCGAAAAUUCUGUUUGUUUAAACACCAUUGCUCCUGAAGCUCCUUUGGAGGAAGCGUUGGACCAUGUGGUACCAGAAGUUGAAGAUAAAGAAAAUAGAUUUGUCUCAAUCGGAUCCACUCAGUGCUUGCAGACUGAAAUAAGUGACUUACCCAAGGAUUUGAAUUUAGAUAGCUUGCCUACAGAUAAAAACGGGUUCGUUCAAUAUGGUUCCAAAUGCAACAAUAAUAACAGAUAUAGUUUCAUCUCUUCCACGUCAACAGAUUAUGAACCAGAGUGGUACGAUGGCCAGCAACAUAUCUCAAUGCACAUUCCAUCGAUGAUCAAUACGGACGAGGCAACCAGUCAAGACAAAUCCAAUUUGGACAUAAAGAUUAAACAGUUGGAACUUGAGAUUACAGAGUUGAAAUUACAAAAUGAAAAGCUAGUUCAUUCCAUGACGACGAAUAGAUACAUUGAAGAAAGAUUCAUGCUUGAGGUUAUGAAAGACCCCAGUGUACAAGCACAAAAAUCUCAAAGAGAUAUUGAAAGAAAAGUCAAACAGUUGGAGAAAAAAUUUUUCAACUGUAAGAAAGUCCUCAGGAAAUUGACUGAGUCUCCCACAGUAGUGGCUACCUCCACUUCAAAAACUGAUGGGACCUCAACAAGGAUCCCGUGUCCAAAGACAAGACUAGCAAGAGUUUCUGUUUUGGACCUGAAAAAAAUCGAAGAACAACCAGACUCGUCGUCGGGAAUCUCAUCCGAGGAAGAACAUUCUGCGAAUGACGAAACAAACAUCAACGAAGAGGUGGAUACCGUUAUGUUCGAAGAAUUAACGUCUGCACCUUCAUCAACAACCUCUAUGCAGAGCAGAGAAAGUAGAAGAGGAUUUCAACUCAAUCUGCCUGUUCAAGUCGAUAGCAAGACAAAAUAG